AUGGUAUGCUACAUCGAUAUAGCUAUUAUCGCGGAAACGGAGGACGAUCUACAGAGACAACUACACAAAUUCUGUCAGGACAAAAUCAUUGAGCAAGUUUCACGACUGACAUAUAUGGGUAUGGAUCUGCCUAGUUAUCACAACCCUGUGAACAACCUAAGAAGUCAGAUCAACAAAGCUACUGCCAUAGCGGGUUGCUUAAGGCAGAUGAUAUGGGCGAACCAACACAUGCGAAAGGUUAGGAUCUAUAAGACCUGUAUCAGGCCAAUCAUGACAUACGGAAUAGAAACCAGAGAAGAAACCAACAAAACGAAAAGCAUGCUUCGAGUAGCCGAAAUGAAAAUGCUCAGAGCUAUAGCGAGAAAAACAAGAAGAGACCGAAUUAGAAACGCUGAAAUCAGGCAACAAUGUGGGGUGCAAGACAUCCUGGCAUGGGGGAGACAAACAAUAAGAUAUUGGUACGCUCACGUGUUCGCGUCGUCGGAGCUCCUCGAGGAGCACAAAACUACCCACCAACGACAAAAAUCCUUGCAACCCAAUAAAAAGCUUAAAGCUGACUUCAGAUACGAUAAAAAUCUAAACUUGUAUUUGUGCCUCAAGUGUUUAAUUUACGUGAACGACAAGUCCGAGCUCACCGAUCACCUGGACAACCACCCGGAGUUCGCUUGCGGGCAGUGUCUGGAGAAGUUUCCAAGCGUGGUCGCUUUGGGGAUGCAUUCGGCCGAGCACGAUGCGAAUAACCGCAUUACCUGUCCCCUUUGUACGUUCAGUUGCGACAGCAAAAAUUCCUUGCUCGGCCAUAUUCAUUUAACGCAUUCCAACGGACACGAGUGCGUCGUGUGCUUCAAAACUUUUCCGAGCUCCGGCCACUUGCUCGUUCACCAAGUGCACAAACACAAAGCGCAAACGAAAGAGAGCAUCCUGAUGGGAGAGCACUUGACGCGUCCGUCGACCAGCGAAAGCAAGAUAUACUUAUGCGAUAGCUGCGGCAAAGAGUUCUCAUCGAAGUAUCGCCUGGAGUGUCAUAUUAGGGCCACGCACGAGGGUGUCAAGCCUGCCGCUGGUCAUUUACCGGGAAAGAUACGAUGA